AAUCCUCUGGACCGAACGUCCUAAAACUUAGAAUUCUUUAAUAAAAUAAAGAUAUUUGGAGAGAAAAAGUUAAAACCUAAUUUGGCGGAGAUCUCUCUCCCCCGCGUCUCUCUCUCUCUCCUCGCAAUCAUUCACAUAUCGUACAGAGAGAAAGAGAGAGCUCGGAAGUCGGAAGCAGUCUCCCAUGGCGAUCUCCAACACCGAGAGCUUCUCCGAGCUCGGAUAGCGCCUAUUUCCCUUAAGAAUUCCCUCCCAGUUCUCUAGGCUGAGUUCGGUUUGAGCGUUUGAGUUUCGAUUGCCCUUCAAAAACCCUAGUUCGCUUCCAGCUGAAGUCUUGCAACUGAUGAGCUCUGUUUCUUGGAUUUUCUCCAGAAUGCUGAUGUUUUGAGAAGGGGGAGUGCUUCAAAACCGCUGAUUUCUUUAGAAACUAGUGUGAAGAUUGGAGCUUUCUUUGAAUUGGGAAAGGAGAUGGAGCUGCAGAAGUGGGUUGGAUUGCAAGAAGUGAGCUUGAGUUCUUCUUGGGAGCUGUUGUGAGGGCUAGGGUUUAGAGAUGAAGCUCUCCACCGCCGGCCUGGGGCAGCAGGCGCAAGAAGGAGGAGAGAAGAGAUGUUUGAACUCGGAGCUGUGGCAUGCGUGCGCCGGCCCGCUUGUUUGCCUACCGACGGUCGGCACUCGAGUUGUCUACUUCCCACAGGGUCACAGCGAGCAGGUUGCUGCGUCGACAAACAAGGAGGUUGAGGGCCAAAUCCCUAAUUAUCCAAACUUGCCUCCACAAUUGAUAUGCCAACUCCAUGAUGUUACAAUGCAUGCAGAUGUGGAAACAGAUGAGGUCUAUGCUCAGAUGACCUUGCAGCCUUUAAACCCGCAAGAACUGAAUGAUGCUUACCUCCCUGCUGAGAUGGGUAUUAUAAGCAAGCAGCCGACGAACUAUUUCUGCAAGAUUUUGACUGCGAGUGAUACCAGUACUCAUGGAGGGUUUUCUGUUCCUCGUCGAGCGGCUGAGAAAGUUUUUCCUCCUCUGGAUUUCUCGCAGCAGCCACCAGCUCAGGAGCUUGUCGCUAGGGAUCUGCAUGAUGUUGAAUGGAAGUUCAGGCAUAUUUUCCGAGGCCAACCCAAAAGGCAUCUUCUUACUACAGGUUGGAGUGUGUUUGUCAGUGCCAAGAGACUUCUUGCUGGAGACUCAGUUCUUUUUAUAUGGAAUGAAAAGAAUCAGCUUUUGUUGGGUAUCAGACGAGCUAGUCGACCACAAACUGUAAUGCCUUCAUCUGUUCUCUCAAGUGAUAGCAUGCAUAUAGGACUGCUUGCUGCAGCAGCUCAUGCUGCUGCUACGAAUAGUCGGUUCACCAUUUUUUAUAAUCCAAGGGCAAGUCCAUCUGAGUUUGUGAUACCACUUUCAAAAUAUGUUAAGGCUGUGUUUCACACUCGUAUUUCGGUUGGGAUGCGUUUUCGUAUGCUGUUUGAGACUGAGGAGUCGAGCGUCCGUAGGUACAUGGGAACAAUAACAGAAAUAAGUGAUUUGGACCCUGUACGUUGGCCACAUUCUCACUGGAGAUCAGUCAAGGUUGGUUGGGAUGAAUCGACAGCAGGUGAGAGACCACCUAGAGUUUCAUUAUGGGAAAUCGAACCUUUAACAACCUUUCCCAUGUAUCCAUCUCUGUUUCCACUCAGGCUUAAACGCCCUUGGUAUCCUGGAAUUCCCUCUUUUCAUGAUGACGGCAAUGCUUUGAUGUGGUUGAGAGGAGGUGCUGCUGACCGAGGCCUUCAGUCUUUAAACUUUCAGUCACCUGGUAUGGGCCCAUGGGUUCAACAGAGAAUGGAAUCUACGCUGCUGGGACAUGAUCAUGAUCAAUAUUCAGCAAUGGCUGCUCCAGCUUUGCCAGAUACAAGAGGUAGCGAUUAUCUAAAGCAACAAUUUUUACACCUCCAGCAGCCUUAUCAAUUACCUCAGCAGUUCUGCAGUACCGGCCCAUUAUUGCAGCAGCAAAUUAUCCAGCAAGCAUGUGAACAACAGAUAAUCAGUCCUCAGUCACAAAAUAUUUCAGGUAAUCUGACACAUAAUGUUCUACAUCAGCAACUGCAGCAAUCACUCAAUAACCAGAAGCAGGUUCAGCCUGCACAAACAUACCCAGAGUCAUAUCAGAUACCUGGAACUAAUGUGCAACAACAGCAGGCACCUCUACCAUCUCAGUUGUGUGAAAAAUUAGAAUUUUCUGAUUCAAGUGUGAACUUCUCAACAAUCAUGACAUCUAGCUCUGUCCAGGGUAUGCUAGGCGCAGCUUACCCGGAAGGAAGUUCAAAUGUUCUGGACUUUGCAAGACUUGGUCAAUCAAUGAUGAGCGAGCAGAAUCAGCAGACAUGGGAACCAAAAUUUACGAUGUCACAGUCCACUACUUUUGGCAAUGCAGUUUUGCUUCCAUCAUUCCAUGGGAAGGAUGGUUCUGUGGGAACUGAAAAUGGUUCUGCAGAUAUGCAGAAUCACACCCUGUUUGGUGUUAAUAUAGAUUCUUCCUCCCUCCUCUCUCAUGCAGUGCCUAGUCUACGUGCAAAUUCAAUUGAUGAUAAUAUAUCCACAAUGCCAUAUGCUUCCUCAAGUCUUCAAAAUUCUAUUUAUGGGAGCCUGGAAGAGUCAUCUGGUGUGCUGCAAAAUGCAGGAGAGGCUGAUCCAACGACCAAAACAUUUGUGAAGGUAUACAAGUCAGGAUCGGUAGGGAGAUCACUGGACAUCACCCGGUUCAACAACUAUGAUGAACUACGUGAGGAGCUGGGUCAGAUGUUUGGUAUUAAGGGUCAAUUGGAAGACCCUCUGAGAUCAGGCUGGCAGCUUGUAUUUGUCGACAGGGAGAAUGAUGUGCUUCUCCUUGGAGACGACCCAUGGGACAGGGGUGCUUGCUUAUAUAUUCUCUGAUACAACAAAUUUAUUUGGCCCUUAACACAGGUCAUUUGUUAAUAAUGUCUGGUAUAUCAAGAUACUUUCACCUGAGGAUGUGCACAAAAUGGGAAAGCGGGCAAUUGAGCCCUGUUAAUCAUCUCAGUCUGAAAGAAAACAAAGAUGGCAUGUUGUACGUGCGCGUUUAUGUUCACCUUGAUAUGUUCUCCGAGCAUGCUCUCAACAACACAAGUCUUGCAUGCCAGCGAGUAGAGGACGGUUGGUAGAAUCUUAGAAUAGUUUUGUAAUAUAUGGAUACAAUGCGGUACACGCUGUUAGAACUCUGUUCUACUAUUGUAAUCAGUUGUUACAGUUUGUCUUUGAGUAGUUUUGGUCCUUAAUUUUGCUCAGUGACCAUUAAUAUUAUUGACUCAUUGGUAUUAACUGCUUAUAAUCAGUAAUGAGCUUGUAGGUUCUAGUUUUUAGAUA